CCUCGCACAAGUGAUCAAUCGCCGCAGACAUCUCAGACCUCAUCUAAAACCUGCUUGAGUCUAUCGAUUUUAUAAUUCCAGCUGAUUGUCUGUCCGUCAACAUCGGAAUACUUUCCAGAAUCAAGACCCUGUCUCCCUGUUUGCGGAAUGAGCUUUGCCCAGCGAGUCCAGAGCACCGAUAGUCACCGCCGCCAACAUUUCAUAUCCACACUGACGGCUCGAAUGUUACAGUGAAUCUGUAUCUCCAAUCUGAGACACUAUGGUUCUUACCUCCAAUUGUCGGAUCUCUCUCAUCGCCCCAGAAAGCUACGCUUCCCUCAUAUGUUGUGUCAGCAUCCGAUUAUAUCAUCCUCCCACAGAGACGACCAGACCGCUGAUCAGGCGUGUUCUCUACUACCGAAUAUCCAGUGAUUAUUCCCAGUUCUCUUGUCGUGUUGGAAGCGUAAUUACGGCUGCACGCACGUGAUGUCGGGAUGCGUAUCGGCAGCUUUGGAAUAGCUAUGAUUGGGUACAUGGAGGAGUAUGUCGAGGAAGAUGCAGUUGUAGACCGAGACCAUCUUUCGGAGCUACUCAGAAUACUUUACAGGGAGCUGAAGGAGGGGAAGAAGCCACUUCGUCAGUGGAUAGAGGAGUUGAAGAAUGCCCUU